GCGGGCCUGCAGCGGUUCGGGGCGGGGCGCGAAGGGAGGAGGCGAGCCCUGCGGCUGCCUGCGCUUGCACUUUUGAGUGGCCCGGCGACCGGAGCGACCGUCCUCGCUCCGGAACAAAGCCUUCCGCGGACUCUGGCGAGAACCCAAUUGAUGAAUGCCUGGAAGCUGACAUACACACGUAUUCAGAAAUGUUUCGCCACCUGAGACCUUUGAGAAGGUUCUGUCUGGAGCAGAUCCGCCCACACGGGUUCCACUACUCCCGAGCUUUGUCGGGAGCAGAGGCAGUCCACGCCUUGAGGCCUUUCUACUUUGCAGUUCACCCAGACUUCUUUGGACAGCACCCAAAAGAAAGGGAAGUCAAUGAAAAUUCUCUUAAGAGACUAAGUGUCUACUUAGAAAACCUCCAGAAACCAGGCUUCAAGUCUUUGAAACCAACUCAGCUUAUAUUUUAUGUGAGAGAAACGGACCAGGAUCCCUCGGAUGGCCAGGAAUCCUGUAGUUCUUCCGGAUUUCGAGCAAUCAGAUUUACUUUGCACACCCGAGACCUGCUAAGCACAGUAUUGUAUAUUCUCAACUCCUGCAGUUUAUCUGUGGAACAUGUCCAAAGCUUGAACACUAACGUGCAUUCCCAGCCUCUCAGAGAAGCUAAACGGACCCCUGAUAGGCCCAUCAAAUGGGACAAGUCCUACUACUCCUUCACCGGAUUCAAGGACCCCGACGGAGACCUUGAGCAAGCCUGGAGAAAAGAAACAACCCUAACAUCGUGGUUACAUAACAACGGGAAAAUGGCUGUUAAAAAACUGAAGAAUAGUUUGCCACUUAGAAAAGAACUAGAUCGUUUAAAAGAGGAACUGUCUAACCUGUUGCAACUCUCAGAUAUCAGGUGGCAGAGGAGCUGGGGGGUCGCGCACCGCUGCAGCCAGCUGCACAGUUUAGGCCGCCUCGCGCAGCAGGACCUGGGGACCCUGCAGAAAGCCAAAGGCUGCACGCUCAUCUUCACGGACCGCUCGGGCGUGAGCGCCGUGGGCCACGUGAUGCUGGGGACCAUGGACGUCCACCACCACUGGACCAAGCUUUUUGAAAGGUUGCCAAGUUAUUUUGACCUCCGGAGAAAGCUGGUGCUUUUAGAAAACCAAAUAAGCGGGCUUUUAGGGGGCAUCCAAGUUGUUUAUAUUGAAGAACUGCAGCCACUGUUAACCCUUGAAGAGUAUUACUCUCUCCUCGACGUGUUCUACAACCGACUGCUGAAAAGCAGAGUACCCUUCCACCCUCAGAGUCUCCGGGGCUUGCAGAUGACCCUCAACAGUGACAGGUACGCGCCAAGCCUUCAUGAACUUGGGCAUUUUAACAUCCCAACGCUCUGUGACCCAGAAAAUCUGCAGUGGUUUAUUCUCACCAGAGCCCAGCAGGCAAGAGAAAACUUGAAGCGAAAGGAACAGUUGGAGGUUGCUGAAGGCGAGCUGAUCCGCGCCUCCGCCAGCCAGUUCGCCCUGGAGAAGCUGUACAAGGAGCCCAGCGUCUCCACCCGGCAGAUGGUGGCCUGCUGUGAGCGGCUCGCCUUGCGCCCGCGGCCGGCCCUGCGCGGCAUGCACCUGUGCGUGUCCCACUUCUACUCCGUGCUGCAGGACGGUGACCUGUACAUCCCCUGGGACUGGAAGGACGGAGACGCCCUGAAGUGACCCAGAAACCCACUGCGCUUACAAAGAAAUAAGAAAGAAAUGGCCAAACUUACUUAAAUCCACAGCAUGAAGAACAGUUUCCGACUGCUGCUUUAAAAGACCUUUUUUUAAAUUAUUUCCUAGCAGAGAGACCAGGCUAAAGAUACCAGAGCAAAGGGAUGUGUUUGUGGCGCAUGGUAACUAGGGUUCUCCGAGUCUUUAUUUUCAUGCACGCGUGGCCUUGAAGCUGGCUGAGCGUGCAGGGAGGUCUCGGGUCAGCGUCUCCACGUAACAUGGUGCCACACACCUCUUCGGUCGUGUCGUGUGUGCACACGCUUAUUUUAUAGGCAGGAGGGAUCGCUGGUGUCUAAAACACCAGUGUAGCAGAAGUUAGAUGUCAGUGAUGGGGAAUUUAAGUUUGCAACCCAUAAUUUCUCCUACCCGUUACAAUACAGUAGCUGUGGGGGCUGGGGAAGGACGUACUCAGCACACCAAAGGCCCCAGGUUCUGUCCCAGCAGCAAAGAAAUUAAAUAAACGAAGAUACCCUACCAUUGGCAGCAUAAACCCGACAGGCAGGAGCAGCUUUGUACCCUUUGGAGGCUCCCAGGAGUCCCUGCAGUCGGCCUCAGCGGGCACCCUCACCCACUUGCCAAGGGGCAGGGUUUCUGUGUCCCCCGGGGGUUCGCUCUCUUCGGCUCUGGUUCUUAGGGCCUCUCUGUGUCGCCUCUCAUUUCAGAAACAGCUGAACCCCGGGUGGCCCAUGUUGCCCCCAACAGGCAAGGCCUGGCCCCGCAUCCCCUCGACUCCGGGUCAGAUCCCCCGCCCCUCCACAUGAGGACGAGCAGGUGUGGCUGGGACACCGUGCUUGACUCUCCUGUGGAUGAAGCAGUAGAACGUAAAGAUGGUGAAAUUAGUUCAUAAAGUAUGCUCUGAGUUUACAGGAAACAUUCAUUAUUUGAGCCGUUUAAGUGCAAAUGGGUGUUCAAAAGUAUUGAUUUGUCCUUACUGUAGCUCGUGCACAUACCCCCCCUUAACUGUGCCAGAGAAUUAUAUUGAAGUUGGUUUUCUCAUGUGACAGAUGUUACUAUCACUAAAGAUUUUCCAGAGCCAAUUGAUGGCAGUGAGAAUCAUACAAGAAAAUGUAUUAGAAAAUUAGAUCUGGGUUUGCCAUUUCUGAAAUCAGCUAAUAUAGAAGCUUCAGUAAUAUGUUUUGAAGUUGAUUUUUGUCUCAGAACCAUCACAUAAUAAAUUCUACUCAUGUCA